UUCUACUAAACCAAGUUACCAGGAGAAAUUUUUAAUUUCAGUUGAAAGGUAAGUGAACAAUGUUACUGAUAUCUAGUUUCGGAAGAUAAACUGCUCAAUUUUAGCUUAGCCAGGAAAAAGUUUGUUUGUUAAGAAAAAUUAAAUGCUUCGCAAAGUUAUAUUGAAGAAUUACUUCGUUUUUUAAGGAGAAAAAGUUUUAUCAGUGGAAUAAACUCUUGGUUUAUUUCAAUAAACGUUUCUACUAUUCAUCCAUGUCUGGUUGCAAUAAAUCAUAUCGCAAAGGAACAGCUGCUAAACAUAGUUCACGCUCAGAUUAAAUACUAGAGGUGGAAAAGGUUAUUUAAAAUAUUUUUCAGUAUAGGAAACACAUGUUACUUCCUUGUGGUGAAACAAGUCAGGUGACUUGGUUCCGACUAGAAAAGCAGCGCAUACAAAUUUCUAAAAACGUUUUAAAAUUCCUAAAAACUCGCGGAAACUGAACAAGAACAUUGAUUAAGCAUGAAUGAGUUGAAACGCCUCAGCCAUCAGUAACGACUUUUUUUUGGUGGUUGUGCUUGUGUUUCAGCGUCCCUGCGUUGCAAGUUUAAAGUGGGAUAAAGUAGAAAAAUCAGUUAACAAGAAAAGAAAGAGACAAGCACCAAUAACUUAAGUCCAUGAGUUUAUUUCAAUUCAGAGCUGCCAAGCUUUCGUUGCUAGGCCAUCUUCGAAUCAAAUAAAAAUAAAUUGGAAAUAGACUUCAAUCAAUUAAACAAUGCAAGUGACUCGGUCCCGCUGAUUAUAUGGAAAAUAAAGUAAAGUACAUUUCUUCAGAGGAUCCCAGAUCCAUAUUGGGUAGAGUAUUCGCGCUCAAAUCGAAUGAUUUCAUUGAAUUAGAGGAAGUCUAUUAAGUGAAUUUUGAUCCCGAAGGACGGUUAUCGUUAUUACAAGUGAUACUGGUGAAGUAGCAUAAUUUAUUCCAACUGUGUUUCAGUGGCUAGGGGAUUAGUUAAGAUUAGGGGUUAAACAAGGAAAACUCUGGCGAUGAAACAACAACAACAACAAACAACCAUUUUAUUUUGCCAACUUUAAACACGUUUACAAGGAACAGCAUAAAUUAAACAAGAUAAGGCCAAAAAAGUACUCAGAAUAGCAAAAACCUAAACGAGCUGAGUAGUUACAAUAAUUAAAUUACAUUUUAUAGGGUUGUGACACACGAAAGAUUAAGAGGAAGAACAUCUUAAACUUAGGAGAAAAAAAUAGUAAUGAAACCCCUUUUUGAUGUUUUCAUUUGUGCUGCUUUUGGCGCACUGUUUCAGCUGACAUUUUCAUUACAUUGUUUGGAGACUGCGAACUGAGAUAACAAUUGUAAUGGCCACUAACUUCGCUCAGCAGUGGCGAAAAUUUAGCAGGACUCUCUCUCGUCUCAAUCAGGUUUUAUCCGAUCGACUCCUCAGUUUUGGUUUAUGCCUCUGUUUAAAACUGAAAUAAUUAUAACAGUUUAUACUUCAACUAAUGCUCCAUCUCCAUUCACACCAGAACUUGUUCAUGUUUAAAAAGUGUUUAGUGAAGCACAAUUCAAAAUUGUUUUGCUCAUAAAAGCUGCUUAUUGACUUAACUGGAACAUGUUAAAGUUCACUGAUUUGAAUCCUGUGUAAAAGCUGGUGUUCCUGCCCAGUUUUCUGUGUUUCCUUUUUUGAAAACCUGGUUUUAUUAAACAUGUCUAUUUGGUGUGAAUGAGGCAUACCGUAUUUCCUCAAAUAAUAGCCGCCCUCGAUUUAAUCGCCCCCCUUUGGCGAUGAAAUUUUUAAAAAAAAAAAUAGCCUCUCUCGAGUAAUCUCACCCACACAACGGCCCUGUCGCCAUAUCUUCUCUUUCUUUUAAGUCAAAAAUUGAAUGGUUUCAAAAACACAGGUUUUGUUACAGUUUUAUGCAAUGCUAAUGUUCAUGUAUUCACUUCUCCCAUUAUUCCUUCGAUAUUGACAUUCGGAAAAUUAAUCAAGGAACCAAAUCUCAUUGGAACACUUAAAAAGCCCCUGUUCAGUUUAUUCGAUUUACAUUAUUAUUUUUUUUAAUUUCAUGGGAUAAUAAAACAAAAUAUUUAGCGCAAGACUUCCACUAAGCAGUAUACAAAAUAAUCGCCUCUCUCGGCGAACAAUCGCCCCCUUUUGGUGCGAAAAAAUAAUAAUCGCCACCGACUAUUGUUCGAGGAAAUACAAUAAGUUCGAUAGAUGACAGUUGCAAGGAUGUUUGCUCACGUUCCCAAGAUGAGCGUAGGUAGGCAUCUCUAUUUCACCACUUACAAUCUUCAGCUCUGACAUCUUUCUACAAUCAAAGCAGGCCAACGGGGCUGUAUACAAAAAUAUCGGCAACCCAAUCAUAGGCUAAGGAGCUAGUUGAACGGAAAUAGGCGCAAAUAUGGCCUUUUUAUAACACUAGCCCCAACACAGUUUGUCAGGAAGUUACUCAAACAGUGGUCACAGCUUGAAGAUCUCUCAAAAACGUGACUUUAUCUUUGAGAACAACUGGAAACUUCACAAGCCGAGCACAAGAGAUUAACUACCAAAAACACCUUUACUGAUUGAUGCUAACUUGAUAUGACCAAUCCGUGGGCCAUAAUUAAACUGCUGAAUAAUGCUCAGGUCGCCGGAUAACACAACUGAGACAGCCGCGACUCACACAAACGUUAAUCAGUCACUCACAAGCCUAACAAAGAAUCAUUCCACAGGAUCUUUCUUGUUUUGACAAUCCGCGGAUAGUUGCACAGCUUUGGCUUUAAUUGUGAAAAAAUUGCUGAAUAAUCUUAUAUAACAUUUAAAAAAUAAUAUAAUCAAAUAAUUUGGGAAGGUAUAUUAAAUUGUUAAUCAAAGGUGACUUCUUUUUACACCACAGAAAAGCGACCAAAUCAUGACGCCCUUCUCUGGUUCUGGAAUCAGCACUUUUCUCCUGUGUUUAAUGCUUUGUUUGCUCCAAACAGGUAACAUUUUAAGGAAAUUAUAAUUUAUUUUGUUCAUGAAAGCAUUGCAAGCAGUUAUAAAAACAGGAGCACAAACCGAAUGUUUCUACAUACAGUAAAAAAAACAACGUGAGUCGGAAUCUGCAUGCCUUUUUUCUAAGUUAGCCUAAAAAGGUUCUUAUAUAAAAAGGGAAUUAGCACAAAUUUAGGCUAUUUAGGUUCUUAUAAAUAGGUUUUUAUUUUCAGUAGAAAAAAACGCAUUGUGUGGCUAAGAGUAUUUAAUGGUAUGAUUCAGCUGGAUUGAUUUUUAACGUUGGCGGCAUUUACAUUGCAGUUGGAAUGCUAAGGCGCCAAUAAGGAUCCUGAAUCUACAGAAAUUUUUAAAGAUUAUAUUUUAAAAAAUAACAACCUAUUUCAAAUUUUAGGCUUAACAGGUUCUUGUAUAGAGAGCCGGGGCUUAACUGGAGAAUUUUACCCUAACAGGUUCUUAAACACAAGAUUCUUAGUCGCGAGUUUUUAUUUACGUCAAAAGUACCUCAAAUGGUUGUUAAUAUCCUUCUUUAGAAGCCGGCAGUUUGGUUAAUUUAGAGCUGCCCUAACUUUGGUCGUCUCGAUUUUUUUAGGUUGCUUUUCGACUUGUCCAAAACUAUUACCUACCCUGACCAUGGGUCCUAACGAGAUUUCGAGGACAAGUUCAUUUAAAAUUCUAGCCGCGGGACGUUUUGUCUUUUAUGAUGCCAUUCAAAAUUUGGAGAAGACCCCUUUUUUAGAAUAAUCGCAAAUCUUGCUGUUAACGCGUGAAAAACACAAGCUCCGAAAAUCGUAGGUAAAUUAGAAGGAAAACUCCGAAUAUUUUAGACGACCGGAACGGUUACGCCAGAAAUAUUUAGCGUCUUUCGAGCUUUAGACAUUUCCAAGCAAUAUUUACUUUUUUGAACAAUUAUUUUAGAGAAAAGCGUCCCUGAAAAAAAAUAAGGAGUAGAACAAAUUCAUCUUCGGCUAGUUUUGGAUGCACGGAAAAGACAGAAAAGAUACACCACAUUUUUUUACUUCUGACAGAAACUCUUUGGUAUGUACAUCUCACCUAUCUUACACCGCGUGUUGAAUUUUUACGUUUUAUAGCCUGCUGUAAAUCAUCAGGCUACAUCUUUGCUCAUCUUCCUCGCCUACAAGCUCUCAGCUGAUUAGCAAUUAUUAGACGAGGCUCCUUGAUACAUUAACAACACCCAAACGAAGACACUUGAAGGGUUGAAUAACCAUUGGAGUCAACCACUGAAGUCUUUGUCUUAAAAAACAUCAUCCGUAUUGGAUCGAACAUAGUGAAUUUCAAUGCAAAGAAAAUCUAAAAAGAGACUGAAAACUUUUAAUGCGCUGUGCCCAAUAUAGUAGUCUGGGUUGAUGGGUUUUUGCUCCCUGAUCCCAAGCUAAGAAAACAUCUCAAAUUUUGUCUUGCCAAGAAGAGCAGCGAAAUAAAUUAGGCCACAUCAUCAGAAAGUGUUGCUGAUACAGGAGUCAUGUCACAGUAUUUUUUCAACAAAUAAAGAAUGCUCGGCCUGCAGUGUUCAAAAAACUAGGGUGCAGAAAAAAGACCAUAAUAUAUAAGACAGGGUCGUCAAAAUGUUUUGACAAAAUGCAAUUUAAAAUUCGGCUAAUAGAAAUUGAUAUUACGCUUUCUAUUGGACUGAAUAAAUAGAAAUGAGGAGACCCCAUAUUAGGUUAGUCUGCUACACAGCCGUUUUUAGUGUCGUCACGCAACGCUCCUCGAGCGUUGCGUGACGACACUAAAAACGGCUGUGUAGCAGACUAAUAUUAGGUUAGUUUGAAAACAAAAAGAUAUCUAUUUUUUUACUUCAAUUUAAUUCUAAGUUUAAGGAAAACAUGAGGUCAUUCUUAACCAUUGUAAGUGAAAUGACUUAUUUUUGUCCUCGAAACUGCCCAUCUCCCCCUUCCUUUAAGUCAACAUUUGCCCAGAGUGAGAAGUGAAUGUUACUGUUGGCUUAAGGGAGGGGUAGGAGGGCAGUUUCCCAGAAUCUUAACUUGAUCCAUACCUUGACAUGAUUGCCUUUAGUGUAUCCAAAGGAUUUGCCUCAGGAACAAGUUGCCAUGAUAGAUGCCUUCGAGGCUGCUAACCCUCACCCAGUACCCAACCCGAUACCUGCAAAAGAAGCCACUGUAGCCUGCAGUAGCGAGGAAGAAUGCAGCGGAGGUCCUUAUAGGGUGGGGCGCAGUGAGAUAUCGACAAUGCUCCUUAGCUGCAAGGAAGAUCCUUCGCCUGCUAUUUGCCGCAUCUUUGUCGGGAGGAAAAGACGACUGGAUAAACAUGAACUAUUGAUUGAAAGACGAGCCCCUCAACCAGGAUGUAACCCUAAUAACCCAGGUUGUCGUUUCAGCGGUCUAAAGGAGAUAUUCAGGAGGACUGACAGUAUAAAAGAUCCGGAAUUGGCAGAUGAUACCGACAGUGACGACACGACGCAUUGCGACCCCUCAUACCUUGACUGCCGUCUUGGUCGCAAGCGUUCGGUAAGUUGGCAUCUUGUUUAUUCCCCAUGCAUGGAAAGAGGGUCCCAUUAACCCAAAUAAGUUUUUCCGGAUGCGAGAUGUGCCUUAUUUAAAGGCCGGGACUCGCGAUUUUAACGCCAGCUGGAGGCAAAAUUCGUUUGGGAUUGAAGGCAGGCACGGGAUGCGAGAUGCCAAAAUAUCCAUGGGCCUCACGGGAUUGAAGAACCCUAUGGGGAUCCCGUAGAAUCACUUGAAUGUGCGCUAAACGGUAAACCGGAAUUGAGUAUGUUUAAUUUCCGUUUCACGUGACCAAGCUUUCCCUUUACUUAUAAUUUGCUAUCCACUAUAUGAACAAAUCAGGUUCAUCCAGAAUUAAUUUGGACUGUUUACACCUGAACUUGAUCAUUUCCUUCGUUAAAAAAAUUUUCCACCUGAAUCUGACCUUUGCAGUGUGUCGUCCCAUAUAAGGGAAUCCAGGACAGUCUUGGAUUCUGGAUUCCACGCCGUGUAUUCCGGAUUCUUGGUACUGGAUUCCAGUAUUUGUCAGUAAAACUUGGAUUCUGGAUUUUAAUCGUUCGUGCGAUUCCGGAUUCCUUGAGUGGUAUUCCGGAUUCCCAACCCAGGAUUCCAGAUUCCACAUUCAAAUUUUUUUUCGGAUUCCGGGUUCCGCAAGCGAAAAAAUGAGGGGAAGUUUUCCGUAAACAUAGCUCCAAAUCUCUCUACUAAGCUAAUAUCUCUGAAGGAUCCCGCCUGUAAGGCCCGCCUAGGAUAUAAUAAUGUGACUAGAGGAAUGGGGAGAAAAAACUUGCGUAAGAGGUUUAACUUUUGUCUCAGGAGGAUUAGUUAGUUUUUCGACAAAAAAUCUGUGCUGGGAAUACAUGAGAAAUAUACAUUACUGAGAUAGGGAAAAAUUAAAUAUUGGGAUGGACUUCAAAGAUAAUAGAAACGCUACGAACCACGUUUACGGCGAAAAUGGCGGUUUCUCCUUUGCCGUUUGCCGUCAGAUUGUCCUCAAGCUUUGUGCAUGACGCAGAUCUGGAAAAGGAACUCAGCACUCCUUGCAAUCCAGCCAAGGCCAUCACUAUUUUUCAUAUACAACAUGAAAUACAACGGUAUUAUACUGGGCCGGCGUUUUUCAUUUUACCAAAAACAUUCCGAAACAUCACUGGAAAGGUCUGUCGGGUGAAUAACCAGACUGAACAUGUUCCAUUUGACACAAGUUCUAUUUGAUUUCUUUUCUCGCCACAAUAAUGAUUCAUGAUGGCGGCACAGAUAUCGCCAUGAAUAGCUUUGCCUGACUGAUAAAUCGUUGUGAAAACCCGUAAAUAGGCCACGCAUUUCUACUGAAACGUUUUCAAUAUAUUUUCAAUACUCCCGACCUAUUAUUCCCUGAAAGUUUCCAGUGGAAAGGCCAAAAAUGAGUGUUCAAUUUCUUCUGUGUCGUUUGUCAUAAACGUAGUGCUUCUCUCUCGAAAAUGAUGUCCAAUAUGAAUAUGAUCAUGCUCAACCUACGUAUUCUUAAGAAAAACUGAGACGCGCCAUUACUGAUAGAAAAGUACACGAACUAAUUUGGGACCGAGUCCUAUUGUUAAUAAAACCAAAAACUGCUGUAAGACUUGAAGAGUGUUAGAGCCACUUUGAUAUCAAAUAAAGUUACUUCAAACCUGCUUUAUUGACUCUAAUGUUUCAUAAUACAGACGGGACUCGUUAUGAUUUUGUCGACAGAUUUCCAAACGCUUUGGUCGCGAUUGUACGAAGCCGGAAAACUGGCAAGAUCCCAUGUGCAAAUGGCCGCAUGCGCAGACAGCGUAG